AUGCGCCAACAAGGGUUAGAAGCACUCUCCAAGAAGGAUGGGGCUUGGUAUGAUGUUGACUGCACAAGGUCAAAGAUUAGGGAUUCCCCAAAUGGACCACGGCUUCGUGUGCGAUUCAGGCAAUUUGAUGCGGGAGAGGAUGAGUACUACACUCUUGUUGAACUUGAUGAUCAUUUCAGACUUAGAUCCAGACCUAUGCUUGAUCGGCAGUGUGGUGAGGUCCAGAUCGGGUGUGCUGUUGUGGGCUUGGCACCCUUGGAGGAGCACCAAGAGUCAAAAUGGAUAGAUGCUACUAUCAUUCAAAUCAAGAGAGUAGAUCAUCGACCAGAUAAAUGCCAAUGUUCUUUCAAGGUACGGUGGCAAGUGUAUGACGGCCCGGGCUUUUGUCAACCAAGUCGCGAUUGGCUUGAUCUUGACAACCUCUGCUUUCAGUCUGCACCCACUUCCCAUCUCUCCCACAGUUUCAUUGUCCGGUGGAAGGGAGAAAUCAGGCACAGGGCCUCACAGACUGGAAAACAACAGUGCCUGGGUAGAUUGUCGCUGCCUGCUUCAGGGAAACAAGGGGCUGGUGCAAGGAAACGAAUGUAUUCAGGCGCGUAUGGGCUGCCGGGUAGUAUUGGGGCACAGAGACGGAGUGCGCCUGCCAAGUUCACAAAACUUUUGAGGCAAAAUGCGCUGCCUGGGGCGCCAACCAGAAGGGCUACAGUGCAGGAUAUGGCAGCGGGCCAUUGUGGCUAUGGUCUGCUUGUUGACCAGGAUGAUGGCUCUGUGAGUUCAGACAGCUGUGGAGCUCCAGGGUGGAGCAGCAGCAAAGUGGUACGCCACAUUCCUGUGCCAAGAUCAGGUUCCCGGGAUGUGUCCACAAGGCCCCUUAUAAGGAAAAGCCGUUAUGCGAGCCUUCAGUUUGGAGCAAGGGAUGUGGGGCGCUUCCAAAUUGGGAAUAUCCCGGCUGCUCAUGGGAGGCAGGCGCUGCAGCAUGCCAAGGCACUUGGUUCGCAGGCUGCAAGUAUCAAUGCCAGGCGGAUGGCAGGGAGGCGGGGAAAGCAAGACCAAGCACACAGGGCUAGGGGCUCAAGAGAACGCAGGGUGAUUCGGAAGAGAGGCAAAAUCGCAAAACACUCUGUAUCUCGUGGGCGGCCUGCCCACAGGGCAAGCAGAGAACCAAAAGCCAGUGGUCCAUGCAGAGAUUCAGACCAUGGGCCACGAACACCGUCAGUUAUUAGUGAUGGUCGAAUCAUCAUUGAAGGCUGUGUGGAGUUGCAGGGCUUUCCUUAUAUCCUUGAUGCAUGUGACAGGAACCUGAAGGCUGAGUGGUACCGGGAAUGGGGCGAUUAUGCUUGA